AUGUCAGGAGCAGAUGAGGACGCAUUGCCAGUACUUCUCAGCACAACAGAAUUACAAUUCCGGUACAGUGAGAAGAGUCUCGCGAAGAUCGUCACGCUCUACAAUCCAUUUGGACAUGCGAUAACGUAUAAAAUUUUAUGCACGGCUACCCGAAAUUACACUGUGAAUGAAACAACUGGGACUCUGCAGGCCAAGUGCCGACUUGAUAUCGUUGUCCGAUGCAUCCAACGUCUACCAGUUGGAAAUAUCGACAAGCUGAAAAUUGAAAUCGCCAAGAAAGGAGCACCUUCGUCAUGUGGAUCGACUGUCCUCAAUUUGCUCACUGUCUCUAGCGAUGCUCCAGAUCAAGAGGGACAACAAGUUCAGCGCCCUGCACCUGCUCCACCCGCAAACCAAAUGACUUCAUCGAUGAUGAGCGAUCGAGGCAAUGAUAGAAACCCACACAACAUGUGGCUCUGGGUGCUCAUUGGAAUGUGCUGUGCAUUCGCGCUCCUCUGCCCGACUAUUGGUGAUGCUGAUCUCGACAAAUCGUCGAUUCCACCAACGUUCCACCUGACUUCUCAACAAAAACUCGUCGCCGCCUACAUCCUCGGAAUCAUUUCGGCUCUCGUCCUCCGCCCUGCGUAA